AUGGUUCAUCGGUAUUGGACUUUUGUAUUUUUUGUGAUUCUCAACGUCUUCUGUGUUAUUGGAGAGGAUUGCAAAGAUGCUGAUCCUAAGUGUAGUGAGUGGGCUGCCUCAGGUGAAUGUUCCGCCAAUGCUGUCUGGAUGAUGGCCAAUUGUAGAAAAUCGUGUCACUCAUGUCAAGGAGGAGAUCGGGCAUGGAAACUUCGUUCACACGUUCAACAAAAUUACCAAAAUAAAACAGACAUAAUGAGAGAAGUUCGAGUUGAAAGUGUUCGAAUCAACAAUGUCGAGAUUGAUGAGAAGAGACAGAAUGUUAGAGUUUAUGGCCGUUUCGUCUUGAGCUGGAACGAUUCUCAAAUUUCUUGGGACAAGAACGAGUGGGGAUUAAGUUGGUUAAACUUCUAUUGGAUUCAAAUUUGGACUCCAAUGGUUGUUCAACUCAAUGGUGGAGCUACAUCCAAUCCUGGAACAGUUACAAGCAAAGUUCUCGCAGCUAACUAUACAGGACAGAUCUAUUUGUGGGCUGAUUUCGCUUUCAGCACUCCAUUCCGCUUCCAAUACGAAGAUUAUCCCAAUGAUGAGCAGAAAGUCUGCUUCAAAUUUGACGAUAAACGUCUUCUGGCUGUUCAUUUCACUGUUUCUGAACAAGUUAAGAACAAGAAUCGCGAAAUGAUGACUGAUCCAUUUGUUUCUGGAUGGAAGAUCUCAGACUUCGAAGUCAAUGAAUCACCAUUCAGCAUUGAAGCUUUGUCAGAUCCAAAGAGAAAUCCAUUUGAUAUUCAAGCUGAUAACUGUGAGCUAUGCGUUACAUUGGAAAGAAAUGCUGUUUACUUUACUGCUGAAAUGCUUUUACCUGCAUUGGUUACAAGCAUAUUCACACUGUCAGCCGUGUUCUUCCAGUUGUCGAAGACACAGUCUGUCUUACUAGGUUUCUCAGUAGUUAGUCAACUCUUAUCGUUAGUUCUGAUGUCUCAAAGACUUCCAAGCUUCACAGCUCACACUCCAACAAUAGUUCAUUAUGCUGAAUUCAAUUUGAUCAUGACUGGAUUGCUCUUCCUUCUCUCCUUAGUUCUCGAGAGAUUAGCAACUACACCAGCCAAUAUUCCACCACCUCAUGUGGUAGAUAGAUUUGCGGGAUUAGUUGAUAACAUCCUACCAAUUCCAAGGAACACAAAACACGAAGAUGAAUCUUUAAAAUACGCUUCAAUCUCACAUGCUCUCAAUCAUGUACUGUUUGCUUUGGCUUCUGUUAUUUAUUUCUGUGUUGUUAUAUUCUCUUUUGUAUUUUAA